UCCCGCUGUGUGGUUGCUGGGACACCGCGACGCUGUGGUCCCUGCCUCUGAGUCUCGCUUGAUCAUGGCUAAAUUCGUGAUUGCGGGUAAAGCAGAUUGUCCAUAUUAUGCUAAAGCAGAACUUCUGGCAGACUACUUACAAAAGAGCCUACCUGAUUUUCAGAUAUUUAAAAUUACACAACACCCUGAUGUUUGGGAGGAGUGGCUGAAAGAUGUGUGUGAAAAGAAUAAGUGGAGUCACAAAAAAUCCCCCAUCAUCUGGAGAGAGCUGCUGGACCGUGGAGGAAAGGGCUUCCUCUUGGGAGGAUAUAAUGAGUUCCUGGAGCAUGCCCAGCUUUACUAUGGUGUCACCUCCAGCAUGACUACCGAGAUGAUGAUGAUCAUUGCUCAAGAGAACCUGGAGGCACACAGAGAAAAACAGCUGAGGAAAGAAUCCGUAAAAGAUCUUGUCAGCCCCUUACAAGUCUGGAUCACCAGCGCAUCCACUCCUGCGGGCUGCAACCUGAUCCCCAUCUUGGUAAGCGGAGACGUGUUCGGAGAACACACAGAGAUGAGCCUGACCCUGUUCGACCAGCAGCAGGCUGAAGAGCAUCUCCGAAGCCUGGCGAUGGAGACGCAGGACCUGGCCUCGCCUCUGCUGCGCAGCGUCGCGGUCUGCACCCGCGAGGAGGGGGCCUUCCUGCAGGCGCGCGUGGUCAUCGUCCUGGACGACAGCACCGUGCAGGAGGUGCACAGCCUGGAAGACUGCCUGCGGCGGAGGGUGCCUCUGUGCCAGCUCUAUGGGCAGCUGUUGGAGAAGAACGCGGACCACUCGGUGCGAGUGAUCGUGGGGGGAAAGACUUUCGUGAACCUGAGGACAGUUCUGCUGAAGAGAUUCGCCCCCAGCAUCGCGCACAAUAUCAUCGCUGUGGCCCUAGGGGUGGAAGGAGAAGCGAAGGCUGUCUUAGCCCGAAAAUUAAAAACUGCUCCCUCCUGCAUCAAGAAUGUGAUUAUUUGGGGUAACAUCACUGGAAAUCACCACGUUGAUCUGAGAAAAACGAGAGUUUACAACCAAGAGAGUGCCAUUUGGGGGCCUUCUCCGUAUUCCCGCCCUCUGUUAGACUUGAUUUUUGAUAGUGAGUGGCUGAAAACUGAAUUUGUGACAACUCUUAAAACUUUAACGGCCACAGGAAAGCACUUUGGCAGCAUAUUGGCUGCUCACAGCAUAAGCACGACGCUGAAGUACUGGUACCAUGGCUCACCGCCCGGGGAGAUUGUGUCUCUAGGAAUAUCGAGCGAAGGCCAGUUUGGUAUUCCUGAAGGGAUUGUCUUUUCUAUGCCUGUGAAAUUUGAGAAUGGAACGUGGGCGGUUCUAACAGAUCUCGAAGAUACUGAAAUAAGUGAAGAAAGAAUGACAGAAAUGACGAGUGAUCUAAUUCAGGAAAAACUUGUUGCACUUGGAGAACUGAUGACUUUUCAGCCAUACAAAUCAGAAACUGAAACACCCAAAAGAGAUGAAACAAUUUUAUCCAUCACCGAAGACCACCAGGAAGAACGCAGGCUUUCAAAUGAACGUAAAGGUAGCAUGUAUUCUGCCUCAGAUGAAGUUGAUCUUGCAAGGUGCAAGGGUGAAGCAAUGUUGUAUAUAACUUCGAUUUGCUCUUUAACUGGCCUUGAAGUGAGCAUCUUUAACGCUGAGAUGCUCCUGGCCCAAAACUGAAUGCAGAGGACACGGAAAGGUUACCCAGACCUGCAGCUGAGCUUCUGGAAGCACACUGCUAAACCUCCCAACAGUGAGCAGCUGCUCUGCCUCACAUAUUAAUAUAUUCUGGGCAGAAGUUUUGAACCCACAGAGAUAUCUAAUCACAAAUCUCUCAUUUCUCUGGUACAAAGAAUGUGAUUUUUAUACGGAGGCCACAAUCCAGGGUUUUGCAUAGCUCACACAGUCUCCUCCUCCCUCCUUGUAGGUGUUCUUCCUGUCUCUAGGAAAGAGGCCACACAUCCUGGCAUGCUGCUCAAGAACAACAUGUAGGGGUCACAUUCAAGUAAUGCCAAAUAGGUUUUUCUUCCACACCCAGAAUUAGCGCCAUGGUUACAAAAUCUUUGUGAAGAGCUCUGAGUCUUUGCUAUAGUUUGGAUGUGACUUUUUCCUCCAAGAUUCGUGGGUUAGAGCCUGUGUCCUGGAGUGGCAAUGUGAAGAGGUGGUGAGACUUUUAAUAGGAGGAAACCAUUGAGAGGUCAGUUGGGGAUCCUGUCCCCAGAAAGGGUAAGGGGAGUUCUCAUGGAGCUCGGGGUUAAUUCUCCCCAGAGAGCUGUUAUAAAAAGAGCAAAACUGGUCUUCCUCUCUGGCUUCCUGUCUUGCUGUGUAAUCUCUCUCUCCUGCAUAGCCUCCUGCCACAGUGCUCUCCAGAAGGAUGUGAUAUAGCCAGGGGAGAUCUAGCCAGAGCUGGCACCAUGUUAUUUGGACUUUCAGCCUCCAAAACUCUGCACUAAA